CCUUGCAGCAGUGCGUCGGUCGUCAGACAGGCGGAGCUCUCGGUCCAUCUUCCCCCACAGCAUGCAUCGUUAUUUCUAAAGGUUUUUUUUUUUUUCCGCCUCUCCCUCGUGGGAUACAGACCGCUAUUCUCAGACCCCCAGAGCCAGAGCCGAACAACUGUGGCCUUAUAAAACGGACUGAAAGCAGCGACGAGGACACUCAUUUCAAGGUUGAUGAACUGCAGACACACUUGGAUGUAACCAUAGAUUUCUGUCCAGGAACACGACACUUGCACUGUGAGGUGACUGCAGACAGACUUCCUCAGCUUCUCAAAGUGGCAUGUUAAGGCUUUCUGAAGAAACACGUCACUGACACGACAAUGAAGCUGACAGCCCUGCUCAUCGUUUGCUCCUCUCUGAUGUUUGGGAGUUUGGGGAAGCCACAAUUCCCUGAACAUGAGAAGGAUCCCAAGUUUUGGAACAUGUGGGCCCAGCGGACCCUGAAAAAUGCUCUGUCACUGCAAAGUCUCAAUACAAACAAAGCGAUGAAUCUAAUCCUCUUCCUCGGAGAUGGGAUGGGCAUUCCCACGGUGACGGCUGCUCGAAUCCUGAAGGGUCAGCUGAACGGACAGAGCGGAGAGGAGACGCAGCUGGAGAUGGACAAGUUCCCUUUUGUGUCUUUGGCCAAGACAUACAACACUAACGCCCAGGUGCCGGACAGCGCUGGCACCGCCACAGCGUACCUCUGCGGGGUGAAGGCCAACGAGGGCACGGUGGGCGUGAGUGCAGCUGCUGUCCGAACCCAGUGCAACACCACACAGGGCAACGAGGUCACCUCCAUCCUCAGAUGGGCGAAGGAAGCAGGCAAGUCCGUGGGAAUAGUGACAACGACCCGUGUCAACCAUGCGACUCCCAGCGCUUCUUACGCCCACAGCGUGGACAGAGACUGGUACUCCGACAAUGAGAUGCCAGCUGAAGCUCUGAGGGACGGCUGCAAGGAUAUCGCCAGACAACUCUUUGAAAACAUUCCCAACAUUGAUGUGAUCAUGGGUGGAGGGAGGAAGUACAUGUUCCCCAAAAACAAGUCGGAUGUAGAGUACCCCAACGUUUUGAAGCACAGCGGCACACGAAAAGACGGAAGAAACCUGGUGGAGGAGUGGACUGACAGAAUGAAGGAUAAAAAAGGCUAUUAUGUGUGGAACAAGAAGCAGCUCUUAUCACUGAACCCUAACAACGUGAAUUACUUAUUGGGUCUUUUUGAACCUGCGGAUCUGCCGUACGACUUGGAGAGGAACACUGAGACUGAUCCCUCGCUGACAGAAAUGGUGGAGGUGGCCAUCAAGAUCCUGAGGAAGAACCCUAGGGGAUUUUACCUGCUUGUCGAGGGAGGACGCAUUGAUCAUGGACACCACGAGGGCAAAGCCAAGCAGGCGCUGCAUGAAACUGUGGAAAUGGACAGAGCCAUCGGCAGGGCAGACCUCCUGACCAGCGUCCAUGAUACAAUGACUUUAGUUACCGCUGAUCAUUCUCAUGUGUUCAACUUCGGGGGUUACACAGGGAGAGGAAACACCAUAUUUGGUCUGGCCCCGAUGCUCAGUGAUAUUGACCAGAAGCCCUUCACCUCCAUCAUAUAUGGGAACGGACCAGGUUACAAACUUAUCAACGGAGCGAGGGAAAAUGUCUCCACUGUCGAUUACCAGGAUAACAACUACCAGGCCCAGGCCGCUGUACCUCUGAGCAUGGAGACCCAUGGAGGAGAGGAUGUAGCUGUGUUUGCUAAAGGUCCCCUGGCCCACCUGCUGCACGGGGUCCAUGAGCAGAACUACAUCCCCCACGUCAUGGCGUAUGCAGCCUGUAUCGGCCAGAACAGGGAACACUGUGUGUCACGUAGCGGGGCUGCAGAUCUACGCCCUGUCCUCUCUAGCAUCGCAGCCCUUCUCACAGUCACCCGAAUCCUGUGCUGACCACAAACUAUACCCUCCCAUCCUCAUCCUGUUAAUAACCCUGUUAUAACCACUCGUAAUUUUUUUUAUUUCAAUUUGAUGUUGUUUUUUUAAGUUCUGAUUUUACUCUUCAAUAUUUUGUUGUUAUCAUGGGACCACUGUUAGGGCUGUUUGACAAUAUAUAUUAUAUUUGACAAAAGCAAAAGGGUAUCUGUUAAAGGUUGUUCAGGCAAAUAUGUUAAUUAACAAAAAACAAUGACCCAUGAUGCACUGAAAUGAAAAGUGGUGUUGCAAGGACUACCACAAAAUCUGAGAUCUCGGUUGAGACGUUUUUAUAAAGAGGGUUUUAAGACCCAUUAAGCAUGUUUGUUCAAUGUAAACCGUUUAGAAUCUACCUCACAAGCUUGCAAAAGAUCUCUCGUGCAAUGAUGGUGCGUCGAGAAGGCCACAUUUUUAAAGGCAAAAUGCAUGCCCAAACAAGAGGCAAAUGUCUAAUUGACAAAAGAGUAAAACAUUUAUAUAUAUUUCCUUGUCAUACACCUUUGUGCAUACUUGUAAAAAGCACUGAAACAGCCCACCUACCAUUGUUAUGUCAAAUGACAGAAGUUGUAAACCUCUUAAUCAAUAAAAGACAAUUGUUCUGAU